GAAACACCAGCUGGUCAGUGUUUCCUCACGGACGUUUUUCUGAACUGCACCUGCGUUUCAUGUGUUGUGUUCUCUUAAUACCAUACACCCACCCAUGGUUGUGUUGUGGGAUGUUGGAAGAACUCUUCGUUUCUUCUGGACAUUUGUUAACAUAACUGUUUACUUGACAGACAGAUAACCUCCUUUCUAAAAUGUCCGGUGAUAGCAACCUGUCCUCGGCGGAGGUAGUUCUGGGUUUCCUGGAGGAGGCGGAGCCCUGGCGGCUUCUGUCCCCGCAGUUCCCCAGUAAAGUCGGGGGGAAACCGGCGUGGCUCAGCCAGACAGGCCUGCCCUCACCGGCCGCGCUGGAGUGUGAGAUAUGCCGCCUGCCUAUGGCCUUCCUGCUGCAGGUUUACGCACCAAUUUCUGGUCAGGACAGAAGUUUCCACAGAACGCUCUUCCUGUUCUGCUGCAAAACUCAUGAGUGCUACAUGUGCAACGACAGCCGCUGUUUGAAAGUUCUCCGAUGCCAGCUACCGAGGAGGAAUGAGUUCUACCCCUACGACCCUCCACCAGAGGAUGAACCCCCCAGCGAUCCUGAACCGGACCAGAGUGUGUUGUCCGUCUCUGGAGUUAAACUAUGCUGGGUGUGCGGUUGCCCCGGCAACAAAGCCUGCUCCCGCUGUCACACCGUAACGUACUGCGGAAAACACCACCAGACCCUCCACUGGAAACACACACACAAGAGGGAGUGUUGCAACCAAGAAGCGUCCAUUGUUACAACCUCGACCUUCCUCUUCCCUGAGUCUGAGCUGGUCACUGAACCUGAGGAAGAAGAAGACAAGAAGGAGGGAGACACAAAGGAGGCUGAAGAAGAAGAAGAGGAAGCGAGUGUUGAUUGUCCCUCCUUAGCAGAAACCCUGGCAGAGACAGACCUGGAGGAGAUGGCUAUGCAUGAGACCGAAGACAACAAAGUGUUCCAGCGGUUUAAAAAGAGGAUCGCACCAGAACCACACCAGGUGGUGCGUUACAGUCGAGAGGGCUGCCCCUUGUGGGUCUCUUCUCAGCACAUCCCUUCAGAUCAAGAUAUCCCAGCAUGCACCUGUGGUGCCAAGAGGACUUUUGAGUUUCAGGUGAUGCCACAGCUGUUAAACAGUCUGUGUGUGGACUCGAUAGGAGCCAGCAUCGACUGGGGGACGCUGGCUGUCUACACGUGCUCUGCCAGCUGUAACCAUGACGACCAGUAUUGCCCCGAGUUCAUUUGGAAACAGGACUUCAGCUCAGAUCGACACACAGAUUAAAUCUACAUAAUAUAUGUCACGCUGAUGCACAUGAAAGCUCAGACUCAGCAGUGAGGAAACUGGUUUUCACUCUGACCUGAGUAAUCACAGCUGCAUUGGUGUCACUCCUUAUUUAGUGCUCUUGUAACUGAUUAUACACACAGAUCUAUUUAAAAAUCAGCUGACAGAGAGAUCACACUUAUCUUUCCUACACUAUCAAGGACAAUGAAGAUGUUUUUGGAGGGUGGAUAUUCAUGGCCUGGAUUAAUUAAAUUCAGAUAGUCAAACGGGAA